AUGACAGAGAAACCCUUCUUAAACUCAAACGGGCAUCUUGAUUUUGCCCCCGAUGAUCCCUCAAAUCCAAAGAACUGGUCAACAAAACGAAAAUGCUACAUCACUGGAGUCUCUAUUCUAUUCGUCGUGAAUGCUACGUUCGCUUCGUCAGCACCAUCCGGAGCCCUUCAAGGGAUCAGCCAGGAUUUACAUACUUCGAUCGAGGCUGCCGGUUUGGUUACUACGAUGUUUCUUUUGGGUUACUGCGCCGGUCCUUUGAUAUGGGCACCGUUGUCUGAGUUUUAUGGCCGUCGCUAUAUCUUCUACAUAACGUUCUCCCUUUACUUUAUUUUGAAUUUCCUCUGCGCUUUCACGCCAAACUUUGCCGGUCUAUUACUCGGUCGCUUUCUAUCCAGCACAUUUGCUAGUUCCGCGCUCUCCAACACACCCGGCGUACUCGGAGAUAUAUGGAAUCCUACCGAGCGAGGCAACGCCAUGAUUCUGUUUUCAAUCAUGACUUUCGUGGGUCCUGCACUGGGCCCUGUGGUCUCUGGAUUCUUGGAGCUGAAGGAAUCCUGGAGAUGGACUUUUUACGUUCUGCUUUGGCUCGCUGGUGUAACGGAGAUACUCCUCUUCACCAUUCCCGAAACCCUACCGAGCAUCAUCUUGCUGAACAAAGCUCGAGAUAUUCGCAAAAAUAGCUCGGAGAAUGAUAGCCAUGUCAUAAUCGCUCCCGUCGAGGCGACAGAUCGGCAUUUAGCGUCUAUCUUCAAAGCCGCGUUGACAAGACCUUGGAAAAUAUUGUUCGAUCCUAUCAGCUUCUUGGUAGCUCUGUACUACUCGGUAGUUUAUACCUUGCUGUAUAUGCUCUUUAGCAUUUAUCCAAUUGUAUUUCAACAAAAGAGAGGUUGGAAUUACGGAGUUGGAGAGUUACCACUCAUUGGAGUGGUCAUAGGCGGGUGCUUGGGGGGAUUGUUUAUAUACUUCCUUAACACGCGUGAGAAAAGGAAAACCCUUACUACUAGGAGUUAUCGUCCCAGAACCCCCGAAGAUCGACUCCCAGUUGCCAUGGUUGGCGGAAUAUUAUUCGCAGUCACCAUCUUCUGGUUCGCCUGGAGUGCAGAACUCAACUCGGUCCAUUGGAUUGUUCCCACGCUCGCAGGGACUUUUCUGUCUGCUUCGAUUUUGUUAAUCUUCGUGUCGUAUGUCAACUAUCUAAUCGACACGUAUAGCAUGUUUGCAGCUUCGACCCUCGCUGCCAACACGGUGGCUCGAUCUGCUUGUGCGGCGGCAUCGCCAUUGUUUACACAGUACAUGUUUGAUGCGCUGGGUGUUGGUGGCGCUGGCUCUCUCAUCGGGGGAGUUGCAGUGGUACUUGCUCCAAUCCCGUUUGUCUUUUAUAAGUAUGGAAAGUCGAUUCGACAGCGGUCGAGGUUUGCCCUGAUGAGGGAGUAG